GUGUGCGAGGAUCCCAAUGGAAGUGUUCAUUUUGGUGUUGUUUGCUGCGCUGCUUGCUCGGCGUUUUUUCGGCGCAGCAUUGCCGAGAAUCGCAAAUAUUCUUGCCGGCGCAACUUCGACGGCCACUUGAGUUGCCCCAUAGACCAAAAACAUCGAUGUUAUUGCCGUGCUUGUCGUUUGCAAAAAUGUUUAUUGAUGGGGAUGGAUCCU